GGACUGUGGGCGCUUCGAGGAGCGAGGCUGGGGUUGAAAAUUGUCUGUCCUGAAGGUUUUCAGACCGAAAAAGACUUUCCUUUCUCACUGACAAUCUCCACCAUGAUUCAUAGCCUUUUCUUGAUCAACUCCUCUGGAGAUAUAUUCCUGGAAAAACAUUGGAAAAGUGUGGUCAGCCGAUCUGUUUGUGACUACUUUUUUGAGGCGCAAGAGAGAGCUACUGAGGCAGAAAACGUACCUCCAGUUAUCCCUACCCCUCACCACUAUCUCCUAAGUGUUUACCGUCACAAGAUCUUUUUUGUGGCUGUGAUCCAGACAGAGGUCCCUCCUCUUUUUGUCAUUGAGUUCCUUCACCGAGUAGUGGACACAUUUCAGGAUUAUUUUGGAGUCUGUUCAGAGCCAGUGAUCAAAGAUAAUGUGGUUGUGGUUUAUGAGGUACUGGAAGAGAUGCUUGACAAUGGGUUUCCAUUGGCUACCGAAUCAAACAUCCUCAAAGAACUGAUCAAGCCUCCCACUAUCCUUCGAACAGUGGUCAACACAAUAACAGGAAGCACCAAUGUGGGUGACCAGCUUCCUACUGGACAGCUCUCAGUGGUGCCCUGGCGACGGACUGGGGUAAAGUACACCAACAAUGAGGCCUAUUUUGAUGUGAUCGAAGAGAUUGAUGCCAUCAUUGAUAAAUCAGGUUCCACAAUUACUGCCGAGAUCCAGGGGGUCAUUGAUGCCUGUGUCAAGCUGACUGGAAUGCCAGACCUUACACUUUCCUUCAUGAAUCCUCGGCUGUUGGAUGAUGUCAGCUUCCAUCCUUGUGUUCGUUUCAAGCGCUGGGAAUCUGAGCGUAUCCUCUCCUUCAUCCCUCCUGAUGGAAACUUCCGCCUGCUCUCUUACCAUGUCAGUGCACAGAACCUGGUGGCAAUUCCAGUGUACGUUAAACAUAACAUCAGUUUCCGGGACAGUAGCUCACUUGGACGCUUUGAAAUAACAGUAGGACCGAAGCAGACUAUGGGAAAGACCAUAGAGGGAGUGAUCGUCACCAGCCAGAUGCCCAAAGGAGUCCUAAAUAUGAGCCUCACACCAUCUCAGGGGACACACACAUUUGACCCAGUUACCAAGAUGCUGUCAUGGGAUGUAGGAAAAAUAAAUCCCCAAAAGCUGCCAAGUUUGAAGGGGACCAUGAGUCUUCAGGCUGGAGCUUCCAAACCUGAUGAGAACCCCACAAUUAACCUGCACUUUAAGAUACAGCAGCUGGCCAUUUCCGGACUCAAGGUGAAUCGUCUGGAUAUGUAUGGAGAAAAGUACAAACCCUUUAAGGGCAUAAAAUACAUGACAAAAGCUGGAAAGUUCCAAGUUCGAACCUGAAGGGAGUUUUGCAAAAAGAACAGUCACGGACCCUUUUCCCUUUCUUACUUGUCUAAAAGUAAAAAAUAUCAUCCUGUCUCCUAGGUCAGUACCCCCUUCUGGACCCACCCACUCCCUUUUUUCCUUAGCUUUCAGUGUGUGGAGCUAAUC